AUGUGUUUUCUUUUUCUCACCACCGAUUUUUCACCGUCCACCACUAUCUUCAAUCAAUCAAUCAAUCAAUCAAUCGAUCAACCCCUUAUCACCAUGAACCCAGCCAUCUCUAACCUCGUCCUCAUGCUUGUCAUGAUGCAAGUCUCCAAGCGUCUCGACUGGGAAAACCCUUCGACCAUCUUGUACGUCAGAAUCUUGUACGUCAGUGCCACCGUCAUCACCCUCUCCAUCUACUUGAUCACCCGCCAAAUCAUCAUCAACAAAAACGACCAAACCACCUUGAAAUACCUCGACGAACCAAACAAGCUCUCCGGCGAAACCGAAAAGAAAUUGGUCACCACCACCGUCAAGCAGUACGACAUUGGCCAAAUCAACCAAUGCAUCAAAGGGGUGUUCACCGGGUUGGCCAUGACUGGCUUCAUGCACUUGUACAUGAAGUACACCAACCCAUUGUUGAUGCAAAGUUUGUCUCCUCUCAAAGGUGCUGUUGAAGCCAACAUCGUCAAGAUCCACUUGUUUGGUAAGCAGCCAAUCAACGACUUGGCCAGACCUUUCAAGGCCGCCUCAUUGUUUGGUGCUUUGGACCCAAAUGCUUCUACCGACAAGCACUCGAUUGAAAAAGCCGAAGUCAGUGGUAAAGGUGGUGUUAAAGAAGAAUGA